ACCUAAGCCAAUGGAUUUUGUCCUCGGAGUAGUAGCAAUAAACUGCUGAAGCCUGACUUUGAUUAUGGUUCAGGGUGGAGACAUUUUGAUGUUUAUUAGGAAGGGUUAGAGGAACCGAUGAUGAGCUACACCUUACAUCUGACCUGAAGACAAGACCGCUCGUGAUCGGAUGUGCAAAUCGGAGUAUUCUGACAUUGUAAAUUGUUUUAGACCAAGAAACACAAUAGAAAAUGGCUUAUGUUUUGAGAUGCAUUCUCUUCCUUUAUCUUCUACCAUCAGUGGUUCCUCUAUUGUGUUAUACCUGUGUUUUUCCUUCAAUCUCACCACUGGACUGCCUCAAGUUCCCCACUAAAUGUUCACUGGGCCAAGUCUGUCUCUCCAGCAAAGCUGUUGCCCGGCGAGGGGAUUUGGAGAUACAUUUUUAUGAAAAGAGUUGUGCUCUUCCAGCUCUGUGUGGAUUAACAGGAGAGAAGUUCAUCCAGGGCUUAAACUUCACCUUUCGCAGUGACUGCUGUGAUACUCUACUGUGCAACCACAGCACAGCUAAUUCUGCGUUCGUCUGGCCCAGCAUUCUGCUCUCACUGCUUUUCACAUUGUUUUAUUCACAGUAAGCAUGAUUAAAGGACUCAAAUUGAAAAUAAACAAGGCGGAAUUAACAACCACAAAACCUUUGGGGGGAAAUGUUAAUUAAAAUAAGACUGCUUUGUAGGCUAAAUUAAUCAGUGCAUUCAUAUUCUGCUGAGAGAUUAAAGGGACAGUUUACCCCAAAAUAAAUAAAUAAAUAAAAUAAUCAUUCUCAAGUGGUUCCAAACCACUCUUUUUUGUUGAACACACACACACAAAUAUUUUUUUUUAAAAUGAUGAAAAACUGUAACCCUUUUACUUUUUUAGUAGGAAAGUCAUGGAAGUCAAUGACUAACAUUUUUUUCAAACUCUCUUCUUUUAUUAACAAAAGAAAGAUACUUAAAAUUUUAAUCAAGUAAACAAGUAUUGGGUGAACUAUUCCUUUAAGAGAAUACAAGAACGCGCAUGUAUCUUUAUUUCAAGUUUCUAACAAGACUGUUUCUAUCAGCAUUGCUUUCUUUAUAUAUGGAUAAAUUUAACUGAAAAUAAAAACAUUUUGGUGUGUCUAAUCU